CGCUAAACAAAGAAGAGGGUAGUUUUGUCAUAUCCGAAAAUACUCCAAGUUUUUGGUUUUUCCUCAAUCAGCCCAGCCCCUUAAAAAGACUCAUAAAUCACUCCAUCUGCCCAUUUCUCCCCAACUAGUUCUCGUAAUCGUAGUAUAUUUCGCAGUCCGAACUCGAAUUCAAAGAAGGGGAAUUUCGUUUCAAGGAGGGAAAACUAAAAAUUUCCAAAUUUUAUAAUCAGAAAAACAAAGAAAAGAAGGGGAAAAUGUCAGGCAAAGGUGCAAAGGGUUUGAUUACCGGAAAAUCGUCGGCAAAUAAGGACAAAGAUAAGAAAGCUCCUACUUCCCGCUCUUCUCGUGCUGGUCUUCAGUUUCCUGUGGGUCGUGUUCACCGUCUGCUCAAGACUAGGGUUACCGCCAAUGGGAGAGUUGGUGCAACAGCUGCUGUCUAUACUGCAGCCAUACUCGAGUACCUGACCGCAGAAGUAUUGGAGCUUGCAGGAAAUGCUAGUAAGGAUCUGAAGGUGAAGCGUAUCACUCCUAGGCAUCUGCAGCUGGCCAUCCGUGGAGACGAGGAACUCGAUACACUGAUCAAAGGAACCAUUGCUGGUGGUGGAGUUAUUCCUCACAUUCACAAAUCUCUUAUCAACAAGUCCUCCAAGGAAUAGAGCUUCUAUUGUGAUCAUCGAUCUGGUGUUAGAUUUUUGCAUUUUCGUGUAGAACUCUCAAGAAAAAAACGUGUUGCAGAGAAAUAACUAAAUGCUGACAGAAAACAAUAUCGUGUAGAUGCCCCUUUGUUUGAUUUAGUCAUUAUGUUACUAAUGUGCCUCGUAGUCGGUGAUUACAUAUUGUGCAUUAUUCGCUUAGUUCAGUUUACUUUUAUGAAAUUAUGAUAUUGAGACUAUGUUCGUAUGGUUGGUUGAGUUAUGUUUGCCAUGAAUCAGUUUCCCUGU